CGAUAUAAAAGGAAACUACAGUUCUCAGCCGCCUGUCCCGAAGAAGGCUACCGAUUUGACAAAGGUGAGCUAUUAUGUCUCCUCGCAUUCAGGAGGUUUACUACGUCUUUUGUAAACUCUGUUCUUAAUGGCGCCCUUUUUUUUCACCCCCCCACAGAAACCGGAAACUUCCUCUGCCUCGUUCCCACCGGCAAGGAAUGCUUCGAGUUAUGCCAGCAACACCACUGCAACGAGUGGUCCGCGUUCAACUUCAUGUACAGCAAGGACACGAGAAUACGUCGUCGAUAUGCCUGUCGUUGUGUUCGACCCUUCAACAUGUGUCUUUACAAUUAUGUCCGCUAG